UUUGUUUACUUCGAAUUUGAAAACACUUCGAUGCUUGAUAAGAUUUGAAAAACUGCAAAAGUUCGAAAAAUUGAUCAUUUCAUUUUGAUUUAUUUCUUAAACGGUGAAAUUAAUUAUUAUAAAUUCAACGUCCACCAUCUUCCAGGGUUCCCAGUAACCAGCGUUCACUUCCAGUUUUCAAAGAUCUCCUUGUAGUAAAAAUGUCUGAAAAAGAAGAAGUACGUAGUGCCAGUCCACCGAAAAAAGUUCAAACCGAUGUACGUUCUAUACCAACUCGUCAGUACCUCGAUCAGACCGUGGUUCCUUUGCUAUUAUCAGCUUUGUCAGAACUUGUUAAAGAAAGGCCUCCAGAUCCUGUAGGAUUCUUAGCUGAUUAUCUAUUAAAAAAUAAAGAAUCCAAUAGUACAUCGUCUCCAACAGCAAGCGAACCUCCUAGUCAAUAAAUUGUGCUUUUCAAACGAUAUCUUUUAUAUAUUAGGUAUCUCUGUGUACGAGUUUUUUGUGAUCUAUUUUGAUUUAUUUUUUCAUGUUCCGUUCCUGGCUGACUUUUAUCAGGAUAACAUCGUACGUUCAUAAACAUAAAAAUCUAAAAUUCAACUGCUUAACGUUUUGAAACUUGUUUAAUUUUGACAUAUUGUUUAUUAAGAGAAGUUUAUUUUUUUAAAUAUCAUUUAUACAAUUCUGUUCAGGUUGUUUUUCAUUCCACUAGUUGUGUUUGUGUAAUUUAAAGGGUUGCAAUAUUUUCAUUUUAAAAAUUUCAUCAACGAUUAAAGUUUAUUUCUCAUAA